AUGGCCCCCCGAAUACUGAGCAGGUUCAAUGUAGUGAGGCUAGUCAGUAUCCUGUCACUGCUGUGUCUGUGGUUAUUCUUUUCUAGCAUCGAGAUUUCGUUUGCGACGUCGAUCUCACACAUGAAGGACCCCAAUGUGAUCAUUGACAGCGACAUACGGUUUUCCGAGGACUACAAGAUGGUCUCUGUGUAUUCUGACAAGCGCUCGAGCCAGUUAGGCCAGUCCGCGUGGUUGCUGUUCCACUCGUACCUGAACGGUACUGAGGAUCAUUUAAAUGAGAAAGAGUGUCACCGCGUGAAACGGUUUGUCCGGAUAUUUGCAGAGGAGUACCCACUGUGCCGAGGAGAUGUCAACGUGUUCAACGAGCUAGUACAGAGUGACCCAAUACCGACCUCUUGUGGCAACCGGUUUCUGCUCAAGCUGUGGGGGUGUCACGUGCACAACCGAAUGAACGUUGAGUUGGGCAAGCAAGAGUACGACUGUUCCUUGCUUUUCACUGAUGACGAACUGAGUGAUAACAGUGUCAAAUUCAACAAAGUGAGUAUUUCUAACGAGGGCGAGCAACCUGGUUGA